AUGAGUGAACAAGAUGAUAAGGAUGUAUCAAAGACAUCUACAACAACUACUACAACGUCGACGAUCACCUCAGUAUCGACUACAUCAACAACGACUACACUGAGUAAUGAACAAAAGGAUCAAACAAAGAAGAGAAAGAAGAGAGCUGAUGAUGAGAUCAUCUCGAUACAGGAUGCUUUGGAAGAUCAGGAGCAUGAAGAGGAAGAGCUAUACGAAGAGGCAUUGGACCAAUAUCAACAAGAUUGGGGAGAUGAGGACUCAUGUACGUUUGAUCAAGGAUAUAUUACACAGCCUGUUUAUGCAUGCAAGGACUGUCCAGGCACAUUUGGAAUGUGCUACGGAUGUUCUAUGCACUGCCAUUUGGAUCAUAACAUCAUCGAGUUGUUCAAGAAGCGCAGUUUUAGAUGUGAUUGUGGAACAAAGAGAGUUGGUAAUGUAAAGUGCUCACUACAGGAUAAGGUUGGUGCCGAGAACAAUGCCGACAAUGCUUAUAAUCACAACUUUGCUGGCACAUACUGUUAUUGCAAGAUGCCCUACAACUUUGAAGAGGACAUGGUACAAUGUCUAUUCUGUUAUGAUUGGUUCCAUGAGACCUGUAUCAAACUAAACUCCAAUCUAGAGACACCGGACUUGGACGAUAUGUCCGACUUCAUAUGUGGCGACUGUGUAAAUAAGAAUCAAUUCCUGGUCAACUAUCCUUCCAUUCGUCUUUUGGCUGAUGAGACCACCGAGACACCAAAGGAGUCCUCGACUACGACCACUCCACCCACGAUCACUACCACGACUACGACUACGACUACAGGCGAUGACAAGACAUCUACAUGCAAAUGGAACAAGGAGUUGCGUGGACUAUCCUGCGACUUGUUCUGUAGAGAUGGUUGGCGCGAUCAGCUAUGUCGUUGCGAACAGUGCAUCAAGCAUUAUACCGAUCAAAAGUGUCUGUUUGUAUUGGAGAAGCCCAGUGCAGAGGACGACGAACAAGAUGAGGAAGAGAUCAAACAGAAACGCGAACAAAAGAAGCCUACCAAUCCAUUCUCCAACGACAAUCCAAUGAAUGUAUUCAGUACACUUGUGCCACCAACUCAGCAGACGGCAAUGCUGCAAGCCUACGGCCAGAUGAAGGACAGACUUACAGCCCUAUUCUCCGCCAAGAAACAAACUGAUCAAGUCAUUACCAAAGAUGAUAUCAAGUCUAUAUUUAACGAGUUGACAAACAAAAGGCUGAGGCGAUAA